GGGAAGAGCUAAAAACACUGAAACACUAAGUCUGGUGUUCACAUGCUGACAGCUGAGAAGGGAGAGCAGUUUUUAAGCACUUCGCCACCAUUAAACUAUCUGGAAUGAAGAGCUCAUCCCGUACUUUGAGUACAAUAUCUAAACAAGGGAGCCAUGGAACAGCCAAAGCCAUUCCCACCACCAGCUUUGGAAUGAAGACCUCCAGGUCCACCAGUUCACUUGCUUUUGAGUCCCGGCUCAGCAAGCUGAAAAGAGCAAGCAGUGAUGACAUGCUCACAAAGCCAAGUGGUUGCAGUGCCGUCACCACCUCCAGGCUAAAGAAAACCAUCACUACAGGAGCCAUUUCUGAGCUUUCCGAGACCAGGUUAAGGAGCAGUGCAGGAGCAGCAUCAGCAGCAAGGCGCACGGGUAUACCAGCGCCUCGGGAACUCUCCACCCCUACAUCAAGAGAGCGUGCUGCCGUGAGAGGUACUCCCCAAUCUAAAAAAACACUACCAAGCCCUACCCAACCAAACACUGCUACCCCUUCAAAGAGUAUUCGCGCCCCUGCAAGACCUAAGCAAGAAAAUGAUUCUGUCAAUAAGAAUGUCUUGGAGUCACAAGUUAAGGAGUUACUGGCUGAAGCAAAAACAAAAGAUUUUGAAAUUAGCAAACUUCGUAGUGAACUCCAGAGAUGCAAAGGCCUGGAUUCUCCUAGUCCUGAAGCUCUGAACUUACAGGAACCUUUAGCUGAAACACUUAUGCAAUUUGAUAAUUCUGAAUCAUUGGUAAGGACACUGCAGGAGAAAAACCUACAUUUUCAACAUGAGCUCACCGUACUCAGGAAAGAAAACCAAGACUUAAAGCAGAAACUAUACUCCUUAGAACACUCUCCAGUCUCAGAGACCUUAUCUAGCAAUGGUACAGAUAGCAGCCUGUUGUCUCCAUCUACUCAAGGAACUUGUCGUAAAAACAGGUUAACAGGUGAAUCUCAAGAAUGUAGGUUACCGGGAACUGAAAGUGUUUUGCGCAUAUCAGGUUCUUCAAGUAGCGAUGUCACCAAGGCAUCCCUGUCUCCCGAUGCAUCGGAUUUUGAGCACAUUCCUGAAGUGCCAUCGAGGCCAGCUUCCUCGGGUAGUAUCCCAUGCCAUGGCUCAAAAUGUUCUACAAGUGGUAGCUCUCCAAAUAAUAUCAGCGAUCUUUCUGUAGCUUCAUUGACCGAAAGGAUACAUAAGAUGGAAGAAAACCAUCACAGCACAGCAGAAGAGCUUCAGGCAACACUACAAGAACUAUCAGAUCAAAAUCUUAUGGUGCAGGAGUUGACUUUAGAAAGUGAGAAGUUAGUGGAAGAGAAGGCCUUUUUGCAGACAUCCUUAGAGCAGCAAAAGCAAAGGGUGGAGCAGCUUAGUCAGGAGAAUGAUAAAUUAACGUCUCUCUUGCAAGAAAGAGCACAGACAGAAGAAAAAGAGGUACUCUGCAAACUUGCAGAGGUGGAGAAGAAAUAUGCUGAACUUGUGGAGAAAUCACAGUUUGAAAGGGAGAAACUCCUCGGUAUUCAACAGCAAUUGACCAGCAGCCUGAGAAGCUUAGAGAAAGAACAUAAUGAGGCACAGAUGAUGGUGAAAAAGCUAAAAGAGAACUCUGAUAAGUUACAGAGUCUACUGGAUGCAGAAAGGAAAGAUAAAGGCGUCAUGGCCAAGAGCUUGGAGGAGCAGAAAGUCGCAGUUGAAGGUUUGAAAAUAGAGAACAGCUGCUUGAAAUCUCAGUUGGAUGGUGAAAGGCAGAAAGCUGCAGAGAUAAAUGCAGCGGGAAACAGUAGCGGGAACUCUGAAGUCCAGGAGAUGCUUAAAUCUGCCCAUGCGGAGAAGGAACAUCUAGAGUUAGCGUGUUCAGAACUUCGACAAGAGCUUCUUAGAGCCAACAGUGAAGUCAAGCAACUGCAGUGUCUUCUGGCUAAGGUGGAGACAGAGUGCCAUGUACUAAAAGAUUUAGGAGACCAGAGAGAUGAACAACUCAAACAGGCAACUUUGAAACUACAGGAGAAGAGUGCUGAAAGAGAAAGUGAGAUUAAGGACAUGAAGGACACCAUCUAUGAGCUGGAAGAUCAGGUGGAGCAACACCGGGCGAUUAAACUACACAAUAACCAGCUCAUUACAGAUUUGGAAAACAAAACUGUUAAACUGGAGGAACAAAAGCAAGACCUGGAAAAACAAUUGAGGCUUCUCUCAAAACAAAUGAAGGAAGAUGCAGAGGAGUGGAAGCGGUUUCAGGCCGACCUGCAGACAGCAGUGGUGGUGGCCAAUGAUAUAAAGUGUGAGUCCCAGCAGGAGUUACGUGCUGUGAAGAGAAGGCUGCAGGAUGAAGAGGAGAGAAGUGCCCGACUACUAAGAGAGCUGGAGGAUACGCAAAGCAGCAGGAAGCCGGUGAGUGAAGAAGUCACGGUAGAUGGGGAUAGUGGUGCUCGAUGGCAGGGUAUGAGCCACAACCCAGUCCCAAGCUCCAACGAGCUACCAGCUACUGUCAAGUCCCUAAUAAAAUCAUUUGAUGUGGGUCAAGGUGGCGUUAGUCAGAAUAUGCCGGUACAUUCAGUUCCUCGAAGUCUAUUGAGCGGUAUUCCGGUUAGAACUGCCCCAGCAGCAGCCGUAUCACCAAUCCAGCGGCUUUCAGUAUCCAGCCAUGCAAAAGUGUCGGGAAAAGACAGAGAGAUAACGUUAGACUUUCCAGACAAAUUAAAACCUCAAAGAGAAGACUUCGCUCCAGAUCGAUUUCCUCGCAAGAGCCCCUCAUUGGAAUCCCUUAAUACCCACACCUCUCUUGGUUUUGGAUCAAGAACUUCUUCCCUUUCCCUGGACACGAGGACCCCUCAAACAAAAAUCAGCGUGGAAAGAAAAGAUCCAUUAGCAGCCUUAGCCCGAGAGUAUGGUGGCUCCAAAAGGAAUGCAUUGCUGAAAUGGUGCCAGAAGAAGACUGAGGGGUACUCUAAUAUUGACAUCACAAACUUCAGCAGCAGUUGGAGCGAUGGUUUGGCUUUCUGUGCCCUGCUUCACACGUAUCUACCUGCCCAUAUACCCUACCGAGAGCUCAACAGCCAAGAUAAGAAGCGAAAUCUAAUGUUGGCAUUUCAAGCUGCUGAAAGUAUAGGAAUCAAACCCAGCUUGGAGUUGAAUGAGCUGAUGUUCACGGAUCGCCCAGACUGGCAGAGCGUCAUGCAUUAUGUAGCACAGAUCUACAAGUAUUUUGAGACCUAGAAGAGAAUUAGGAUAUGACAACACUACCAAGGAAGCACAGAUUCACUUUAUUGUUCAGGUCUUUAUCAUUAUGUGCAUGACCAGAAGCUUCCCAUUACAAGAUGUGCCAAAGUUCAGGUUCUAGUACACCAAGAGGGGAAUGCUGUUUUGGACAAAAAUCUGGAUUUACCAUGAAAAAAGUGGAUUCUUAGCAAACUUCCCUUGCAGUUACUCAUUCUACCAGCCAUUAACUGUUCUGCCUAGAAGCUGAGAGUAUGCAGUGUACAACGCAGCUCUUUUGGGUUUUCUAUUGCUGCCCUUUUGUUAUAACAUGGCAUGUAGAGCACAGGCAUUUCUAAUUCCACAGAAAAGAGCAGUUAUUUACCCAUGUCAUAUUUAUACUUUUAUUUGAAAUAUGUUUCUGAAAUUUAGAAAACCAGAGUUUUAAGUCAAAACGUUAGAAACAUCAGCAAAAACAUAUGUAUGAUUGUAAUUUUCUGUGUCUCACAUUAAACAAAAUUGACCCCCACAUUUUUAUGUUGUCCUUCCAUCUGUUUUGAGGUUUUAAAUGUGUAUGGAAGUUCCACAACUGUGAAUAUUUAGCCAUGGCUGAGGUGUCGAUGUGCAAUCAUGAAAUACUCUUGUUGCCAUGCUCAUACUUGAAAAUGUAUAAAUGAAUCCACUUUUCAAGUUGCAAGCUGGUCACGGAUUCCAUUUACCAGGGUGUGUA